UUUCAACGGUCAUGGCGACGAACGCUCCUAGAUUGAAUGUUUGCUAAGUUAGGAGGCCCUAAGAGUGAUUUCGUCCGCUGUUGUUUACUUUGGGACGACGAACGCAAGAUAAUUGGAUGAGGUGUGGAUGUUGGCGUUUUGCUGGUACAAAGUCUGCUCGGAACAAGCCCAUCCUCUGCCAUACCAAUGCACAAAGUUCGUUGCCGAGGUUUUGUGAACAGUUUAAAAUGAGCAUGUAGCGGUCAGGCCAUCAUUGUACUAGAACUGACAUCACCCUUACAGGACGUACUCUUACUACGUAUUCGUACUAUUGUAGUUUGUUUCAUCGAACUCGACGUUGUGAACACAGAAGCAAAUUAUGGCGAGUGAAUCGUCAAAAAAUUGGCGUGCUACGUCCACUAAAGAUGAUGUGGUGAAAGCGUUGAAAAAAGGAAACACAUUCACAAAACUGAGAAAGAAAAGCAAGCAAUAUGAAAGAUAUUAUUCAGUUGAUAGUAAUCUGACUUUUAUACAGUGGCAGCCAUCAAGAAAACCUCCAACUAAAAACAGAGUGUUCUUGAGAGAUAUAAAAGAAAUUCGUACAGGAGUUGAAACAGACACAUUAAUGAAGUUUAAAGAACGCUUUCCAGAUGAACAGUGUAUGUCUCUAGUGUUUUCUGGUAAUAAUAAAACACUUGAUUUGGUAGCUACAUCAAAGGAUGAUGUGUUGCUAUGGUCGCAAGCUGUACAUUCACAUUUUGUAAAAGCUGACAAAGACAAUGAUGGUACUGUGGAUUUUCUGGAAGUCUGUGACUUAUUGACAGAAAUGAAUAUCAAAGUGGACAAAGGAUGGGUUAAAAGCAUAUUUCAGUUUGCUAUUAAAAAUCGACAACCUGGUCACUCUGGUCCAAAACAUGAAAUGACAGAAGAUGACUUUCUCACUUUUUACAAUGAAUUGACAAAAAGACCUGAAAUUGAUGAAUUACUUAAAAGAUAUGACUUUGCUGAUGAUGGCAGCUCAGAACAUGGUGUUAGUCUUAGUUUGGUGGAACUCAAAAUGUUUAUGACAGAGGAACAAAAGAAGACUGAUAUAGAAGAUGAAUGGGUGGAGAAAGUUAUUGAAACAUAUGAGCCUUCUCCUGACUUGAGAGAAGCCAUGUUACUUAGCCCAGAAGGGUUCAAGUUGUUUUUGUUGGGAAAAGAAAGUAUGUUAAUGAAUCCAUAUCACACAAGAAUCUAUCAAGACAUGACAAAACCACUCAGUCAUUAUUUUAUAGCAUCAUCUCAUAACACAUAUCUUCUGGAAGAUCAGUUACGUGGACCUAGCAGUACUGAAGCAUAUGUAAGGGCUCUCAGAUUGGGUUGCCGAUGUGUUGAAUUGGAUUGCUGGGAUGGUCCUGACGGUGAACCAAUUAUUUACCAUGGUUACACAUUAACUUCUAAGAUCAGCUUCAAAGAUGUGAUUAAAGUAAUCCAUAAAUAUGCAUUUAAGGCAUCUAA